GUGAACCUUUCCUUCCUGUUUCAGUAACACGGGCAGCAAAACCUCCGCAUAGUGAGCUGCAAUAGAUAUCUAGCAGGUCUACAUAAUGGCAGUGUUCUUAUCCUUAUCAUUACAAAGUCGCUUACUUCACAGCUUCAAUCGCGCUAAAUGCGUGAUUGUAUUAAUUUAGCAUCCAUUAUUAUAGACAUUUUAUUGUCGCCGCACGUCUGGAUAGGCAGCAUCAGGAACACGCGCCGUUCUCCGGCAAUUGUUCCCACCAUUCUCAUGGCGGAGACUAAAAUCAUUUACCAUAUAGAUGAGGAGGAAACUCCUUAUUUGGUGAAACUGUCAGUGGCUCCAGAGAAGGUAACUUUGGCAGAUUUCAAAAAUGUCCUCAGCAACCGACCGGUUAACAGCUACAAAUUCUUCUUCAAAUCUAUGGAUCAAGAUUUUGGGGUUGUCAAAGAGGAAGUCUCGGACGAUAACGCCAAACUCCCUUGUUUCAAUGGAAGAGUGGUGUCAUGGCUUGUGUUGGCUGAGAGCUCCCACACAGAUGGGAUGUCGGUGUGCACUGACAGUCAUACUGAGCUUCCCCCACCGCUGGAGCGGACAGGAGGCAUCGGAGACUCCAGACCUCCCUCGUUCCAUGCUAAUGCAGUGAACAGCAGAGACGGUCUGGACACGGAAACUGGAAGUGAGUCUGUUCUCCGCCACCGCAGAGAGCGGGAAAGAGAAAGGACAAGACGGAGGAGAGAUGAAUUCCCACGUGUGAACGGUCACACAAAAGCCGAGCGGGUGGUGAGGGACUCGGCCAUGGGCUGUGACAGUGGCUCUAUGAUGAGCAGUGAGCUGGAGUCAAGCUCCUUCAUUGACAGCGAGGAGGAUGAGGAUGCUAGCAGGCUGAGCAAUUCCACAGAGCAGAGCUCUUCUUUUCAGUUAAUGAAGAGACAUAAGCGCAGGCGCAGGCGGCACAAAGUGGCUAAAAUCGACAGGUCAUCUUCCUUCAGUAGUAUCACAGAUUCAACCAUGAGCCUCAACAUAAUCACAGUUACCCUCAAUAUGGAGAAAUAUAACUUUCUCGGCAUCAGUAUAGUGGGCCAAAGUAACGAUAGAGGAGAUGGUGGCAUCUACAUUGGCUCUAUCAUGAAGGGAGGAGCGGUGGCAGCAGAUGGGAGGAUAGAGCCAGGCGACAUGCUGCUGCAGGUAAAUGAUGUGAACUUUGAGAACAUGAGCAAUGACGAUGCUGUCAGGAUCCUCAGAGAGAUUGUCUCAAAGAAUGGUCCUAUCAGUCUCACUGUUGCCAAAUGCUGGGACCCUUCGCCUCGCAGUUACUUUACAAUACCCAGAGCUGAACCAGUAAGACCCAUUGACCCGGCUGCAUGGAUUUCCCACACUACUGCACUAACAGGAUCUUACCCACAAAACGAGUUUGACGAUCUCCCUCUGACAGUGGGAAAAACAGACAUGGCCACCAUUGUAAAGGUGAUGCAGGUCCCAGACUCAGGACUAGAAAUAAGGGACAGGAUGUGGCUGAAGAUUACUAUAUCUAAUGCUGUAAUAGGUAACGUGUCUUUUGCAUUCAUCACCUGUGAAAAUAUCUCACUCAUGUUAUUCAUGUUGAUGAUGUUUUAAAAAUGUGUAAAGCAGUGUUAUUUUUGUAUUGAGAUACUAUUAUAUUUUUAGUCAUAUUUUGAAGGAGAUAUGUUGAAUUGCAAAACACUUGCGCUGAUAUUGAGGUGGGAUACGGGUAAUGUUAGUUACAGGUUUGGUGGUAUGGAUAGGUUUUAAUAGUUGGUUAAGGGGUAAUGGAAGAGUCAGCAGUGUAAUAAUAAAUGUAAUU